AUGGCCCCUCAGAAAGACAAGAAGUCUCAGAGGUCAACCCAGAAGUUUCAUUUGGAUCUUACUCAUCCAGUAGAAGAUGGAAUUUUUGAUUCUGGAAACUUUGAGCAGUUUCCACAGGAAAACAUUAAAGUCAGUGGAAAAACUGGAACUCUUGGGAAUGUUCACAUUGAACACUUCAAGAAUAAAAUCACAGUUGUUUUUGAGAAACAGUUCUCUAAAAGGUACUUGAAAUACCUUAUCAAGAAAUACUUUAAGAAGAACAAUCUUUGUGAUUGGCUUCGGGGGGUUGCAUCUGAUAAGGAGACUUAUGGGCUUUGUUACUUCUAG